AAGAACGACUCGUUUGCGAAUCGGACAUGACUACUCGUAACAUCUACGGCGCGCAAUGUCUGUCUGAGAAACAUCAGACCGAGUCCGUCGAGCCCAAUACGUGCCGAAAAGUCUUCGGCUCGGGAGAAGCUCUCUCGGUAAAGCCAACCCCGUUCACCGGCUCUCACACACAACCGAAUGCAAACGAUGUCUGACUCGGAGUCCUAAUGAAAUGAAGAGGACACGGCUUUUAUACGCGACAGAAGAGUGUGCUGUCUACAAGACUGAACCCUGUCGCCACAGAAGACGUUCUCCAAGAAAUCUUGAGGCUGGGUUGUUUUAUUAACGUUCAUAAGGAGACAUGAGGAAGUGCAGUCCAUGGAUGUUUCUGCCUGUAAUGUUUUCGUUCUUCACAGCUGCUGGUCUCUGGGUGGUGUAUUUCAUUGCUGUGGAAGAUGAGAAGAUCACCCCACUCAGUUCAGAGUACAAGAGGUCAGAAUCAAAAUCUCCUCCAUAUAUCAGCAUUGCAGGCAAUGCUCCACCUGCCAGCUGCGUAUUCAGUCAAGUCAUGAACAUGGCAGCCUUUGUAGGCUUUAUUCUGGGAGUUCUGCGAUAUCUGCAACUGAAGCCGAGGGUACAUAAACCCUGGCUCAACAUCGGCAGUCUGGUGGCUUUGUCUCUUGCCUGCUUUGGUAUGACUUUAGUUGGGAAUUUCCAGCUUUCCAACGAUGAGGAGCUGCACAAUAUUGGCACGUCCAUGACCUUUGGUCUAGGAACACUCUUCUGCUGGGUCCAGUCUUUCAUGACCCUAAAGGUCAACCUGCGGAAUGAAGGCAGGCGAGCAGGAAUCCCUCGCUUCCUGUUGUCCGGGGCUGUAACUUCCUGCAUGUUGCUUUACUUUGCUCUGAUGGCUCAGCGGCUGCACAUGCACGCGGCCCGUGCUCAGUGGGCGUUGGUCAUGUUCUUCCUGACAUACCUUGGCACGUUCGCCAUCGAGUUUCGCCACUACCAUUUCGAGAUCGUUUGCAGCGACGACCAGGACCCUCCGCUCAGCCUGUCCGAAAGCUUCUCCGAGGUCUCCGAGUACCAGUCCGACCAGCUCUAAUCUCACUCUUACAGUAUGCGUGGACCCUCGUACUUCUUCCAGUGUUCGCCAGUUAUCAGUCCUGCAUGUAAACUGAAUGUAAUCUCUCUAGAAAGACCUUCGGACGAGUACGUCUUCUGAAUGUGUAGAUAGGAUUCACAAAAGCAACAACUUAAUGAAAUGCACAACGAUUUACUGUGACGUGUUCAAUGUUUAUGUGUCAGAUGACGAGUGACGUACAGUAACAAGGACACUUUCAAGAAGAUCUGAAUACAAGAAGAACAGCUUUUGGCAAGACGAGCCUUCAGAAAUAUUAAGACUAUGCCUUCUUGAGAUGGAGGAUACUACAAAACUUCAUUUGAAUUAAAUUAAAAUUCUGGUGUUAUUCACUAGCCCAAAUCUGUAUGCUGUUAUUUUUUCUGUGGAAGAUCAUAACAUCAUACGGCUUUGGAAACUUGCUUUAAAGAGACAGUUUAUCCAAAAAUGAACAUUUUUGUCAUCAUUUACUCACUCUCAAGUUGUUCUAAACCUGUAGUUUCUUUCUUUUGUUCAACAAAACGCGAACAGCUGACGGUACCCAUUGACUUCCAUAUUAUGGCAAAAACUGCUAUGGAAGUCAAUGGGUACCAGCAACUUUUUGAUUACCAACAUUCAUCAAAAUAGCUUCUUUUGUGUUAAACAGAAGAAAUAAACUCAUACAGGUUUGGAACAACUUGUGGAUUAGUAUAUGAUGACAGAAUUUUUAUUUUUUGGUGAAUUAUACUUUCGAUAAAAAGAAGAAAUUGGUGAAAUGUAUUCACGUAACCGCAUUUCAUUUUCAUGUCUUGCAUAAUCUUAUGCAGCAUUUUAUACUUGGUGUUAAAUAUUGUAAAACAUCUCUGACAUUGGUCAUAAUUCUGUAUUUUGUUACUAAAACAGACUGUUUUCGGGUGCUGGUGUAUCUAAAUGUUUCAAAUGUGAUUUGUUGGAUGUGUCCAUUUGGAAUAAAGUUUUACAACAACA